GCCUGAAGCAAAUGCAAGAGAACUCCCUAAAGCCCGAAGAAGUUUUACAGGAACAGAUUUCAUCACUGCCUUCAAAACAGCAAGAUUGUGUCCGACAGUGCGUCUCAGCGGCCAAGAAGAAACGUGCGAAGGGUAAUGUGUACUCAAAAGACUGGAUCUUAGAAUGUAUCCUUAUGAAGAUGAAAAGUGCCAAACUCUACGAACAUUUGCGUAGGCACAACAUUCUCUCACUGCUGAGCAAGAGCACACUGAAACGUUACUUGAAGCUGGACAAGACUGGUUUUGGUUUCAGCACUAAAAUACUGAGGCAACUAAAGCAAAAAACAAAACACAUGAGCACUUUUAGGAGGCGUGGAGGGCUGUUGGUCGAUGAACUCAAUCUGUCAGAGCACCUGAAAGUGACGUCGUCCGGGCAUAUUGAGGGAUUUAUCGACAUGGGCCCUUUUACCGAAAUAGGAGAGAGCUUUCCCUGCGACCACGGAAUGGAGGUAAUGUUCGUACCCUUUACUGGGAAAUGGACGCAAAUAAUAGGUUGCUUUGCUACUCGAGGGAAUGCGAAAGCGGAGCUCCUUGCGAAGAUAUUAAUAGAAGCAACAGUACUUGCUGAAGCCAGUGGACUUCUUGUUGAUUUUAUCACAUGUGACGGUGCCUCAUGGAACCGUCGCAUGUGGAAGAUCUUGGGUAUUGGUGUGGAGUCGGGAAAGGUCACCUGCAAGUCUGAGCACCCUGUGGAUCCUGCUCGUCACCUGUAUUUUCUGUCGGACUUUCCCCACUUAAUAAAGUGUGUCAGGAAUACAUUGCUCAGCCACCCACUGAAUACUCCGAAUGGGAUGGGCUGUCAGCCAGCUCAUCAAGAUUAUGACUUUCAGUUCCCAGCCAGAGCCCUUCGUCCAGGAUCCGAGAACGUGAAGACUGUGAAGGAAUUCCUCGACUUUCUGUCUCGCUGGGAGUCGCAUGCAAAAUGA